AAGAGCCAAACUAAAGGGAAAAGUGAGGAUUUCCAUAAGGUGGCAAUAACUUUUUCUAAGAAUGCUACGAUACGCUGUGGCCCUCUGUCUUUUGGCACUGUCCUGUGCUCAGGAUUGCCAAGUUGCUAAUAUCCAAGUCAUGCAGAAUUUUACCAAAACCAGGUAUGCGGGGAACUGGUAUGCUGUUGGAAAAAAGGACCCGGAGGGUCUGUUCUUACUUGACAACGUUGUGGCCCAAUUUAUCAUUGACGAAGAAGACAAAAUGACCGCAACAGCUAAAGGCAGAGUCAUCAUCCUAAACAACUGGGAGAUGUGCGCCCACAUGUUUGCUACCUUUGAGGAAACUCCUGAACCCGCCAAGUUCAGAAUGAAUUACUGGGGAGCUGCUUCAUACCUGCAGACUGGAAAUGAUGAACACUGGGUUAUCGACACGGACUACGACAACUACGCCAUCCACUACUCCUGCAGGCUGGUGGACGCUGACGGUACUUGCUUGGACAGUUACUCCUUCAUAUUCUCCCGUCACCCAACCGGCCUGAGACCAGAGGACCAAGCCAUCGUCACACAGAAGAAGAUGGAACUUUGCCUGUUAGGCAAAUACAGACGGGUCGCACACAACGGCUUCUGUGAGAACAGCGGAUCCACUGAACCACUGUGACCCUUCUGAAAGGCCUCGCACAACUGUUCCCUUUGCUGGUCUCAGACUGAAGCUGACCUGCAGGUCAUAAGAAAGUAGAUAUUUUAAAACAAGCCAUAAACAGACAUGAAACUGAUUUUUUUUUGGACAACUGUAAUACUCAGAAUUUAUGUUUUUCAUCGCUUCCAUUUCAAAACUAUAUUUUUUGGAAUAAAAAAAAAAUCAGCAUAUCAAUAUCUUGCAAUGUUUUGUAGCUCAUAAACACAUAUUAUACGUUUAAUGUAUAAGAGCAAGGUAGACAUACAGUACUAGCUCUGUUUGCUAAUCUUAAGUUAACUCUUGUGCACUUUGUGAUCAAGUUUUUGAAAUAAAACUGUCA